CGAAUGGCUUUAUGGCUGGUUAACUUGUGUGUUUUUUCUCUUCCCUGAUUACGUACGUAAAAAAAGGAAACAGACGGUCCACAAUGGCUGAUGUUAAAGCGCUGGAGUACUCUACCAUGAAGGUAGGAUUAUACCUAGUCUAUCUGAGAAUAGGUGUUGUGGAGUUCAAACGGGAGCUCGGUCAUACCUCUCAUAUGGCUCAUAUCGCAAAAUGUCGGUUGUUUCAGCAGUGCAGGACAUAACUGAUCAACAACAACAACAACCUUUAUUCGCCUUUAUCAUAUUUAACAUUAAUAUUUCUUCAAUACCAUAUUAACUAGGCAGGGAGAUCUUAAGCAAGCUCUUUUGAGCUUUUACAAGUAGGAUCUCCCUCUCUAUGUAUCUAACAAUAAUUUUUUUUUCAAGUUAGGCGUAUAGAAUGCAAUGUAAUUUAAAUCAUCAUAAUUUAAUAUGGUAUCUACUGUUAUACACAUACAAUAUGUAUUCCUGUUUUAAGGUCCACUUAAAAAUAAUUCAUGGUGGAAAUAUGUUUUAACGACUUUUUACAUUUUCUGUUUGAAUUUGAUUCCUUUAAAUUAGCUGGUAAAUUUUUCCACACAUUUUCCAUAGUUUGUUUUGCUGCAAUUGACCAGUCUGUAGAGUAUGGCAGGUGCACACGCGAGUUUUUUUAAUAAUAUAUAAAAAAUAAGGGCCUAAAAACGGCCUUGCACGCGCGAGAUCUCAUUGAGUUCUGCCAUACUCUGCAGACGGGGCAAUUGAUAUGCAUAUUUGAUGAAGAUCGAGUAUUGUAAGAAUAAAUGUUAUCGUUUGUUGUAAAAUAAUUUUUAUAAAAUGGUGGUAGUGUGUCAUGGAAGUACAGAUACAUAAUAUUGCUGUGAAAUACAAACUAAUUUCAUUUAUAUUUCCAGUGUCUCUAGGGAAAUAUAGAGUGGUCUACUCUCCUUUUUAUAAGCAGAGAAGGUCAUAGUUCUAACUGAACUAAUAAGUUCAAAUACUUUUUGCAGUUUUUGUUCUUCUCAAUUUUCCAUAGACAAGCCUUGACUGUAUCUCUUAUGCUUGAUUUUAUUAUAAAUCUGAUGAUUUUUUGUUAGUAUUGUUGGUAUUUCCUACUACAAUGCAUUUGAACAAGAUCUACGUAGUACAGCCAUGAAUCUUUUUUCACUGUAAGCCUAUUAAUGAUGCGACUAUUAAUAGGGAAUGACUUUAAAGGGUAGUUAUUUAAUCUAAACCUUAAGAGUGAAUAACAGAUACUUAUAAAAGGCAGCAAAAGAAGAAAAAUGUAAAGAAUUCAAAAGCACACCAUCCUCGCAGACCCAGGGGCAGAUAGUGGGGACAAGGGAAAGUCUAAACGGGCGGAAAAAUAUGGCACGAAGAAAAGUAAAGAACGGCAAGAAGAGCUCCUGGGGACAAUGUCUUACCAGACCAGUUCCAAACAGUCGCCGCCAUUCUGGCUUCUGAUUGGUGCCAGAAAAACACAAGUUUUCUGGCACCAAUCAGAAGCCAGAACGGUGGCGACCGUUUGGAACUGGUCUGGUAAGACAUUGUCCCCAGGGGCUCUUCUCGCUGUUCUUUACUUUUCUUCGUGCCAUAUAUAUUUUUCCGCCCGUUUAGACUUUCCCUCGACCCUUUAUCUGCCCCUGGGUCUCCGAGGAUGAAAGCACACCAAAGCUGAGCUGAUUAUUGUCAUGAUUAUUGUCAAAGUUCAUAGUUUGUUAGUAAAGUAGACAGGAGCAUAUAUAGGAAUAAAAAAAACUAUAGGAAAACCAUUGUGAUGCAAGCAAAAGCACAGCUCUUCAUUACUUUUUCUUGUUCUUCUUCUUGUGCUUGUGCAAGAGUUAAACACAAGCAACAAAAACAUGGCCUUAGUCACAAUACCCCUCUUCUUCCACCACCUUUCAACGGAUUUUUUAUCCCUCUGCACCUGUCAUUCUGGCUGAAUUAUUGUCCUUAUUGAUAGUGGAAGUCUGCUUGUGACUGAACUUGUGUGGCCAGCCAGUUCUGAUGAAUGGAAAGCACCCUGAAAAUUAAUUAGAGCGGUUUUCACUUGACUGUCGUAAAACCAAAACCAAAGUAAAUACACUAGCCAACCAAAGGGCGUAGUAAAACCAAAACCAAAACCAAAACCAAUCCCUUUCGACAGUCAAGUGAAAACCGCUCUAAGACAGCAUUACCAUGAUUAUCUUACAAAAUUCCAGAAGGACUAACAUCAUCAAUGCUGGCUGAAGUAUCUAGAGCUCUCGCUUACUAAACGAAGCUGACCAGUGUUUGAAUUAUUGAACAAGACUUUGUCUUUGAUAUUUGCAAGUACUUGAAGUUUUUUCUGAAAUUGUCUGAAUUGUACAGAACACAUCCCAAUAGGUUUGAUCACACUGGAAAUUUGGAAAGAACGACUAAAUAAUAUUGUGCAGGGCAUACAAUUUAAUGGUAAUGUUUGAAUUUAGGUUCCUUAUGAGAUACUCAAUAAAAAGUUUCGCGCAGCCCAGAAAGUGAUCGACAGGGAGGUGUCUCUUGUCGUGGGAGCGACAAAUGAUUUAACAAACAGUCUCGGCAGUGUUCCAGUUAAGGUUGGAGAGAUCACUGGCUUCUUGGAUGGAGUAGUACAAAAGUUACAAUCACUGAAAAGAAAGGUAACUCAUACCAGUAGAUUCCAAUCAAUUUAGGUUUCUUACCUACCCCUCCCCUAAGCAAGGUGUAAAGAAAGUCAAUUUUACAGCUUAAUUGCUAUUUGGGAAAGGUGCAGCUAGCAUGUACUAACCCAAGUGUCAUUUUUAUUUGAUUCGUAAAUUCUUCUUCCUUGAGUAAAUUAAUGUUAACAACUUACUCCAGGUGGGAACAAUUCACCAGUCUAGACUGGUCUGAUUGUUUGAGUUGUAAAGUUGAUCAUGCACUUUAAGGAUCACGUGGAACCCACUCUCUAAAUUUAUCUCUACAGCCAAAUGGUGCUGCACACAGCUUUUACAGGUAUAUUUUACUCUAAAAUGUUCGUUAGCAAGGGAAUCUUGCAUGUUUUUUAUGACAAGUCGCUUUUUAGUCUUGCUUGCGUAAGCAGCAAGACUCAUAAUCUGCAACAUGUUUUUUGUUGUAUUUAGGACACAAAAGGGGGUCAUUAUGCCAGUCGUUCCUUGCAGAGACUGUGAAAACUGGGACUAAGAAUCGUUGUGUGAUGGAAGCCAUCCAUGUUUUGCGAGAAAGCUUAGGAAUGGUUAAAUUAAGAGCUUUUCCAAAGCGUGUCCGUCCACCAUAAAUUCUACUGCUUGAAAGCGUUGAUUACUUUGGAACAAGUAAACACUACUAAGUGGUUGAAACAAAAUAAGAAUCUUAAUUAGCAAAACGGCAAUGGUCGGGUGUCGUAAACUUUCAUUGUAUGUUGAGCAUGCAGUUUAUUUUCGGCAAUGAUUGAAAUGUUGUGCCAUGAACGUGCCAUAUAAAUCACUUUUUUGAUCUCUGGCAAUGAUGUAAUUUCUCUUGAAUUAAGGCCCUUGAAUUUUUGUGUAUUUAUACUUGUGUAGAGCCUACAAUGGCAGACAUAUUUCUGGUCGUCGCUAACACGCAUACUAAAUCGAUUCAGAAACAAAUAAAAAGUAUUGACAUCGAUAAAGUAGGAAGUAAAAAACCUUUAGCGGGUAAAUCCUGUUUCGUGUACAAUUAAUCGCCUCCUCAUUUCUCGAUCUAAUCUCCAAGUAAGCGAGGCUAAAUGCCGGCAAUCUAAAUAUCAUUGAUUUGUUAGUCAGAAGAAUGUUUUGCUCAAGAAGAAGCUUGCUUGCGGCAUUGCCGGGCUCGUCUGGAUCAUAUCAAAGAGCAUGCUGAUGAGCGGAAGAGUGCUCUGAUACUAUGGAAAAAGAAGCGUCUUGAUAGAAUGCUGGUGGAUCACUGUCUACGAUCUGGCUACUAUGACACUGCAAUUAAACUUGCCAAGGAUUCACAGAUAGAGGUGUGUCAUCAUUAAACUAUUCCAGAUACAUCUAUUUUUAUAUUGAACUUCUGUUACUGUUUCAGUACUUUUAAAUUUAGGAUGUAAACAUUAACCAUAUAUAUAUAUAUAUGUUAUUCACCGGCUGGGAGGUCCGUAUUGGGAGAAACUGUGCCGAGGUCUUGAGUACUCUGACCGAGGGCACAGUUUCUCCCAAUAUGGACCGACCUAGGCUGGUGAAUAACACAUAUAUAUGUACACUAAAAUAUAGAAAUAAAAAUUAACUUGAUUUUCAUGUUGUACAUUUAUGUUUCUUAUCUGUACAUUUAAAAAUUAAGCAACUGUUUCAAUUUAAUCAGAGGCAGUCAAAAGCUGCAUACAGGUAUCAAAAGGACACAUCAUUAUUUCUAGCCUGCGAACGGCAGACGUUUCUCCUUGCUCAUCGCUGCUGUGGGACGUUUCGUGAGGAGGAACAUCUUUGACUCAGGAACAGAAAUUCCAUACUGAUGACGUAAAUCAAUGUUUACAUAAUAAAUCCGGUAAUCAUGGGUUUUCAAAUGCAAAUUUGUUCAAUUUUACAUUUCUCCUGGUCGAUUUUGGUAAAGUGUUGUGUUCAUCUGCAAAUGAGCUCCAGUGAAACUCAAAUGCUUCUUCUAGAGAAGACUAUAUUCCACAAAUAUUGGCUGUUUUGUGAGAGAUUCAUUGCAUUUACAUUUGACUUUUGUGGCUUUUUACUGGGCUGCCUGUGCGGCCCAGUCAUAAAUUCGGCUUUCGGUCGUCGGCGUUGAAAAGUGGUCUCCCGGGGAAGGGAAGACAUGAGAGUCUGGUACUGAGAAACAAUGUUCUCGUAAAAUGGUUUCAUAUGAUUUUCUCUUGUACGGACCGUUGCACGGAUACUUUUUGUACCUUAUCUCCGCUCCUCCUGAAAAACCCACAAGGCGUUGUGAACCUGAAGAAGGCUAUUUGCGUUGUUCAUAGGAGUCACUCUAUAAUUUUUUUAUUCUUCGAGUUUAAGUCAGUUAGAUGAUGUUGGCGCUGGGAAACUCAGAAAAAUGCUCACGUUGCAUACAAACCGAAAUGCCGUUCACGAUAUAUUAGGUUCACACCAAAAGAUGACUGUGAGCGUCAGGUUUGGAACGCCAGGGCUGCUUCGUGAACUCAAAGAGAGAAUUAUCAAUCGAUGUAGUACAUGAGCAAUUAAGAAGCACAAUUUAUGAGCAAAGUAUUUCACCACUUGACGACACUAUGGCUGAAGACUUGAUUGUAAGCUGUCGUUGUCACUGAAGCGAACAACUCAGUUGCCGAUGAAUGUCAGAUGAAUCCUGAUGUUACGCACAUCCAUGAGCGAGGGACGUGACAACUUUGCCAUGUUAGAAGACUGGCUUUUUCUUUAUAUAAUUCCUUCUAUUUAAUUUGGAGGUCUAAAUUUCGGAUACUGAGGAUAAAGAAGACACGGACAAAAAUAAGAACCCUGAGAAUUUCGCACACAAGUUCAUUAGGCUUUACUUGAGGAAUAUAGGAGCUAUUACUGACAAGGUUUGGUGACUGAGUAGAGCAUACAAAUGUAGUCCACGUUGAGGUUUCAGGGGGUUUGCUUUUGUUUGUAUCUGUAUCUUGCUAAGCUUUUAUCAUUAAAUUUGUACAUGAUCUUCUGAUCACAAUUCUGUGUUUUCGCCCAUUCAGCAAGCACGCUAUAUUGAUGUCAGCAUUAGUGAGUUCCAGAAACAUGCCUUUGAAAAUUUUCAGCUCUCGUGAUGUUUCUUGAUAUUUCUUCUACCAUUUUAUGGAGAUGUAAACUGAAGUCACCACAAAAUGGACACUUAAAAAAGCGUAUAAUCCAUUUAUCUCGAAACAUAAUACACAUGACUUAUAUGACGUUUAUUUUCCUAAAGGUGUUUUGAAUACAAACGAACACAGUCAAUGUGAGGGGCAAAAACAGCAUUAAUAUACUCUGUAAAUGAACCAUAGGGUUUUAACUAGUAUAAGGGUCAAUUAUUGUGCAUGGAGAUGAAUUGCUUGAAAAGAGAGACUUCGCUUGAAGAUGUGAUCAGAAGUAAACAAAGUCACCAUAGUGUGUCACGUCCAGUCUUUUUAACAUCCAAGGACUGUGAUAUUGUUUAGCUGGCACCAAAACUUCGGAGGAGUUAUAAAGCGGCAUAGUUAUCAUCCAUGAAGAAAGUUAGUCAUGGGUGAGACAAACAAUGAACUCGAGAACUUGAAUUUUUAACUCAUAUCGGUAUCAGGUAAAAAAUAUGUUGUCAAUGGUUUCAUCUAUUUACAUUGUUUGAAGUGAAGAGAAAAAUACCAAGAGGAAAAUCUUAAAACUGAAUAUUUUUUAUCUUGUGGAAAAAAUAGUGCGUUUUCAUAGACUGUAGACAGCAAAUUACGAUCGUCUAUUUACUGCACGUUUCACAAACAUGUGAAUUCUGAAGUUCAGAAGCCAACCAACGAUUGCGUUUUUCACUGCUGUCAAUCAUCUUAUCUUAACGGACAUCUUAGGAAACAAAACUUUACUUCACGGGUUCAAAAGGUCAUGGUUUGUGAUUUGUGGAUUUCGAUCCGUUUUGUGUUUCUCUGUUUCAAGGUUCGUCACUUGUGAUCGUAAUUAUGAUUGACGGCAGCGAAAAACACAAUUGUGAAGGUGACUUUUGAAGUUUAGAGUUCGCAUGUUUGUGAAAAGCGCGGUAAAGUCUCCGUGCAGUCAGAGGCCCCCGGAUCAGGCGGGAUCAAUUAUGGGCAGUUGGCUGUCUGUUUUAGUAUACUUCUGGUUUUCAUACAAUACAAUAUUUCUGUCUAGUGUAAAUCAGCUCUGUCCGUCGCACUUUAUGCUCGUAGAACGACAACAAUUUUUGGAAUUUCCAGUUAUGUCAAAUUAGUCACGUUAUACUGUCAUGCUAUAUUUUGGGGCACACAAGGAUUGGGGGAGGAGUGCGUGAAAAUAAUGCAAAUCGUUUCCUGCUUAGAAUUAAUGGCUAAGUUGUUUAUUUUUAUUCAUAAUGGUGGAAUUUAAAAGUUAUUAUACAGACCCCAGUUAAAAAUGGUACUCUUUUAUUUGGUUAUGAAAGUCUUUCAAAAGGGUACAAUGUUCUGAAUGAGUUUAUGUUUCAGUCUCAUAUGAGAUUCUGUCACAUGCAAUGGUCGGUGACAAGGUUUUGUAGUAGCCUGAGUGUGUAUAACCACCCCCUCCCCUCAGAAAAAAUAGCCCCUUUGCAGCCCAGUUAAAAAUCGCCUUUCGGCUAUUCUUGUUGUCCUUUGUCUGUCAUUCGUAAACAAUCGCUAAAACAAAAAAAAACUACUCUGUCGACCAAUUAGCACUUCUGACCUGAUUCCGGACAGAUUUUGCAUCAUCAGUAUGGAAUUUCUGUCGUUGAGUCGCAGACGUUCCUCCUCAGGAAACGUCCCUCGGCGGCGAUGAGCGAGGAGAAACAUCUGCCGUUCACAGGAUACAUUUUUUCAUAUAGCACAAUUAUUAAUAACUACUGAAGAAACUCUGCCAGUAACUCACUUGUAGAUAAACCAGAAAAAUACAGGUAUGCCAGCUCGCUACACUCAGUAGCUGAUUACAUGAUUUAAUUUUCCCCUUUUUCUCAGGAUUAUGUGGACAUUGAACUAUUUUUGGUGUCAAGAAAAGUUGAAGAAUCUCUUUUAAGAAGAGAAUCAGGACCUUGUUUAGCUUGGUGUUAUGAAAAUAGGUCCAAGCUAAGGAAGUUAAAGGUGUGUUUGUCAAUGUUGUAGUUCAAUUUCAUUGUUAUUGCAAAUUUCAUUGCUCUGUAUUGGUCGAUGAUAAUUUAUAGUUAUGAAUUUGAAACAAGGAAGAUAUUAAAUUUGCAUAAAUUACAUACAGUUGUUCAUAAGGAAUAGAUACAUGUUAUAAAUUUAUUUAUAGUGUACUUUCUGUAUCAAAGCCAAAGUAACUAAAUAGAAUAAAUUAUAGAGCGGUUUUCACUUGACUGUCGAAAGUAAUUGAGGAAUUGGUUUGGUUUUGGUUUUACUAUGCCCUUUGGUUGGCUAGUGUAUUUACUUUGGUUUUGGUUUUACGACAGUCAAGUGAAAACCGCUCUAUUGAUGUGCAAAUUUUAAGGCCCCCUGGAACCCAUUCUUGCUAUUUACCUUCUGACUCUCGCUAAGGAAGACCUCUUAGUAGAGGUUUGACUGUACAUGGUUCUAUUACCUUGUAUCAAGAUAACAUUCUAUUAGCAGUUACAUCAGCCUUAACUCCAGGUGGUUUUGGUUAGUUUGCUGAUAUACAUGUACAUUUACAGUCUUUGUUGAAGAGAGCCCUCCUCCCCUAGACCUCAUUGUUUGAAAUGGCUUAACGGAAUAUAUUAUUGUUUGCAACAAAUACAGUUUUCAAUGAAAGGGGUUAACUAAGGCAACCAAAACAGUUUUUUCUCCUACAGAAAAAUUAUUUCAGCAAGUUGAAAACAAGCCAAACUAUCCCUACAGUACCAUAACAAUUCUAAGGAGAGAUUUUUUUAAAGUUAUUGUGCAUUGUAUUUUUAAAAUAUAUUUGUCAGAGUAACCUUGAAUUCAAUGUGAGAAUGCAAGAAUUUGUUGAACUUGUGAGAAGAAGUGAAAAGAUGGAAGCAGUUAGGUAUGAAGCAUCAUAAAUACUAUUAUAAUGUUAAUACCUUGGUCUGAGGCAAGAAGAAUAACGGUACGGUAUUUCUGGAAAUCCUAGUUAGAAAGGACGUUGUAGAUGGAAACUUUCCAGGGCAAACAGAAGGUUUGACAAGAUACAAAUUAAUGUACAUGUAGUCCUGUUUUCAUGGUUGGAUCUCCUUCAAACAGAAAUUUGUUGUCUAUUAAUCUUCAAACCUUAGUUUUGAUGCAAGUUUCCUCAGUUUUUUUAAGCCAUCUGGGGAUGGGAGUGAUUUGUGCAAAUGUCUGCAUUAUCUUCAUGUGUAAUCCAUUAUUUUAAGAAAUUUUGGACAGAAUCCUAUUGGUCUGUUUGCGCUCUUUUGACUAAUUUGUUACAUUUAUUAUAGAACAUUCUUGUACUUGUUUGAAUGUCCAAUUAUGGAUUAUAAUUGUAAGUUAAAAAAGACGUGAUGCAGAUUAAGGAAAGUUAAAAAUUUGUCAGAUGUUUGUCAGAAACUAUGUUCUUCUGAGCUCUACAAGUUCAAUGACCUUGACUAUCACGUUCAACACAGUCAGACUCUACUACUUAUUGGAGUAUUGUUUUUUUGGUAUAAUAGAAAAAAUGUACAGAAUUUAUUCUCAGCCAAAAAGUGGUAUUGUACCUAGAUAAUGAGGUACAUACAUUGUAUUGCGUACAGGCAAUCUUUCCUUUGUAGAUAAAUGCCUCAUGUUGCAUAGUACACUGUAUAUCUGUAGAUGUUAACACAUUAUUUUUUGUUGGAUGUGACAGGUAUGCCAGGAAGCAUUUCCCACCAGCAAAUGUUGAUGGCACAAUGACCAAGGAAAUCCAAAGAGCAAUGGCUUUGCUGGCCUUUAAGCCUGAGACUAGCUGUUCACCAUAUAGGGUAAAUAAAAUAAAUAAGACACUCUCUCCUACUUGUAGGUAGAUUUCUGUUUGACUGGGGCCAAUGAAGAAUAUAGCUUUUUAAUGUAAAUUGUAGCUGCUAAUAAUUAUUAAAUUUUGAGAGGGAAAAAUGCCUGGGGCUUUUCCAACUACACAGUACAUUCAGGAAUCUGAUGACUAAGAGACAAAGAUGCUUCAUCUCCCGCAAACAAAUUAUUUUAUAAUCUUUUAGAACAAUCUGAUAGAAAUCUAUAGAAUCAAAUUAGCAAGGAUGAACACCAUCUUUUCGUAAAAGACUCUUCCCACAGGCUGUGAAGAAAAACAACUUAAAAAAUUAUAACUUUUUAGCAAUACCAAUCUACUGACAUGUAUUCAGAACUCCUAAUUUCCUUUUUGUUCCUUUUUUUUUCUUUCUUGGUUGUGCAUCAUUCAACAGUUUUUAAUCUGAUAAUUUAUUAUGUUUGUAACUUUUGAUAUGUACCGGUAUUUUAUCGAAUGAAUAAAGAUGAUGAUGAUGAUGAUGAUGAUGAUUAUUAAAGUGGAUGCUUGUAGUUUUUUCAUUGAAAAUCAAAUAUUGUUCAAUUUAUUGUACAUUAUUUGAGUAAGCAGUGGUACUUGUUGCUCUCGGUCUGUUCAGUACUGACUGUUUUUUUGGGGGAUGUAUUAUUAUUCCAGGAGUUGUUUAAUUUGGAGAGAUGGACUCAGCUAGUAAUGCAAUUCAGAAGGGAGAAUUAUCAACUUCAUCAGCUUAAUGAUCAGUCUACAUUAGCAGUAACGCUCCAGGCAGGACUGUCAGCUCUGAAAACACCGUAUCCUUGUUUUAUGUAUAAUACCCUAAAAUGCAGCAGCUAAAACAGUACAGGUAUAUCUCACUCCUUAUAAUGUUGCUGCUUUAUUGAACAUAAAGGUCACUGAGAUAAAAGAAAUGAACACUAAAGCUAAAAUAGAUGUUUUGGUUUUUUAAUAAAUAUGGAGAACAGUAUGGAGAAUUUACUUGUUGAUAAAAGUGUAAAAAGGGUUAAUUUUUUAUUAUCAAAAUGCAACUUCUUCUUUCUCAUCUUCAUUUGUUUCUAUAUUGUAUAGACAAUUUAGAGAGUAAGUGUUAAGAUGCCGAGUUUUCUUUAGACUACAAGUAGUCCCCAUUUUUCCUCAGGGAUAGUAGAGCGAGUGAAACGCGAGCGUGCGUGGGGUGAUUUUCAUGCGCGCUCGCGUUUCGCUCGCUGUACUAUCCCAGAGGAAAAAUGGAGAUUACUCGUAGUCUAAGUUUUCUCAUGACCUGCCUGAUGAUUAAUUACCUGAAAGAGCAAAGGAAAUUUUAUCAUAAAAAAAAAACACCCACAAAAAAGAAGAACAUGUUGGAAAAAAGAACCAGUGAACUUAUACAUUGUAUCCAAGUUCUAAUUUCCAACAAAGACCAGCUCUCAUGAACUUAGUUCUGUAAUUUUCAGCAUCCAAAAGACGAAAAAAGACGCAACGUAGGCUCUAGGGAUUGUUUGGAGGGACAGCAAAAAACACGGCGCACGGCAACAAGCUACCUGUUGACCUUCCUGCUGUCGCGGCCACCGUACCAAGUACCAAGAGGAAUUUUGCUUAACCCAUGCGUGGAAAACUUAACCACCUUUCGAGGAACCAGACGCAGUUGUUUAGUCCUCACCCUCAAAAAAGGUCCUUUUUACGAAUGUGUUAUUUUGGUGAAAUACACUGUUUCCUUAACACUGUUGUUAGUCACUGUUAUCAAGAGGGUCACAAGAGUUCAGAGUGCCCAGUAUGUAGCCACCCCUUGAACAUCUUAGGCCGUCCUUUGCCCUAUGCACACUGUGCUCAGUCCAGGUUGGUGUGUCCAAUCUCAGGACAUGUCAUGAAUGAGAAUAACCCACCUAUGGUACUUCCCAAUGGAUACGUGUAUGGAGAAAAUGUGAGUAGCCUUAAAAUUAGUAUUUAACUUGGUCUAGGGGGUCUUUUUUAAGAAAGACCAGGACCUUGAAGAUUUUGAUGGACUACUGUUUUGUAGACUGCAAAACAGUCCGUAUUUUUGCUUAUUGAAGUACGCGCGAGCAGUCAAACAAACGGUCUGGAAUGAGGCUGAAACAGAGAGCGAGACUGAGACGCUUUUUCUCUUGCCUCACAAGCCCGCUCGCGCCCUUCGCGCGCGUAAGACUAUUACGCCACGCUUUACCGAUUUCUUUACUGAUUUUGAGAAAGAAACCGACUGUUUUGCAGUCUAACUGCUUUAAUUCCAGUUGAAAUUUUAAGCAUUGCGCGCAUACGGUAAUUACGAAAGAAUUAUUGCCCUGUCAGAGAUCGAAGGGGAUGAGCGCAGCGAACGAGUGAGAUUCUGAAACAAAACAAGAGAGAGCUAAAUAUUAACGGAGAAGAGGGUGGGUUAUUUGAGAGAUUUCGGCGUAUGAAACGUCUUCUCCAUUUUCACUAAUUGAUAAUAAAUCAUAGGGAACUUACCAUUUACAUGGGAAACCGGAAAUCCCGCGUGGAAAAUCAAAUGGUGCACGCCAUUCCGUUUGGGAAGCUUCGGAAAACAUGGGCUUUGAUUUCAGGCAAUGCAGUUUUUCUACUCUCUGAUUUGGAUAUACUUUUUAGCGGGCCGUUCUCCCACCACGUCAAAUUUUAUAGUUUUAUUUUCAUACACAAGAUUUCUACCAGGGUGGUUUGUGUAAAUGGUAAGCAUCCAUAAUCUCCAAAAAAAGUCUUUGGAAUAUCCUCCACGAUUUAUUGACAUCACUCUGGUCAGCAUUGCACACUAGCAACUUUUGUACAAGUAAGGUGUAUCAUGUAUUCAACACAAGGGUUUCUAAUGUCAAGAGGCGGAAAACUUGAUCACCUCUUGAAGAGCUCGUUCGACAGUAAUAAACAUUUAAUGACUGGUCCCGAGGGUCGUCCCGAGGGAAACAGUCAUUAAAGAGGUUAAGCUUCACGUUUACGUCAAACGGCAAACGCGAAUUUGUAACACGUGACCAAGUUUCUUCGUUACUGUUCAUUAUUUCUACACAUAAAUUAGUUGUUUUAGUGUGAAAUAAAGAAUUGAAUUGAAUUGCGUAUAUAAGAUAUUUACAUAAGUGUACGUAGGUAGGAAAAUAAAGUAGCUGACAAAUAAUAAUUAACUAAAAGACAUUAAGUUCAUUUGUGUACAUGGUCCAAAGUAGCAAGAGCUUUCUUGUUGGACACAGUCAUGUUGAAAUAAUUGGCAGCAGUAAAGAGAGGAAUAAAAUCUCAGAUAAUAUCAGUAAUAGAACAUAUAAGCAAGGUCAGAUUUGGUUAAUGAAUUGUUUGAAUUGUUUUGAGCAGUUUUAUCUGCUCAUUUCCUAUUUCGAGAAAUUCUCAAUUUGAAUCUGUCGUUUGCCGUUUGCCGUAUACGUGAAGCUUGAACUCUCUAACUUCACUUUGUUUCCCGAGAAUCUCAACGCCGAGGGAAACAUUCAGAUUCGAGGAAGCCAAAUGAACUGUUUCCCGAGGGACCAGUCUUUAAGUACAGAUUUGUUAUAUAGCAAAAAAAUUUUGAGGCUGAAAAAUGAUUAAACCUCGCCGUAACGGCGGUCGUCGAUCAACAUUCGCGUGUAACAGUGCGCUGUUACCCUGUGACGUCAUAGAUUUUGCAAUUUUGCCCGCUCAGAGAUCUUGGCGGGAAACAGUUUGAUUUUUAGAUGUUAGGGCGAGAGGAAUAAUUGUUUUUGUAAAAUGCAACUAGUUGGUCAAAAAUAUUGAGACAAAACAACUUAUGCUAGCAAGCUUAAGCUGUUUUGGUUUUCAAAGCCAGCGCUUUUCGCUACUAGUGGGCUAUAACAUAUAGCCUAGUCGCAGCUCAACCAAUCAGAACGUAGCAUUGAUNUAAAGAGGUUAAGCUUCACGUUUACGUCAAACGGCAAACGCGAAUUUGUAACACGUGACCAAGUUUCUUCGUUACUGUUCAUUAUUUCUACACAUAAAUUAGUUGUUUUAGUGUGAAAUAAAGAAUUGAAUUGAAUUGCGUAUAUAAGAUAUUUACAUAAGUGUACGUAGGUAGGAAAAUAAAGUAGCUGACAAAUAAUAAUUAACUAAAAGACAUUAAGUUCAUUUGUGUACAUGGUCCAAAGUAGCAAGAGCUUUCUUGUUGGACACAGUCAUGUUGAAAUAAUUGGCAGCAGUAAAGAGAGGAAUAAAAUCUCAGAUAAUAUCAGUAAUAGAACAUAUAAGCAAGGUCAGAUUUGGUUAAUGAAUUGUUUGAAUUGUUUUGAGCAGUUUUAUCUGCUCAUUUCCUAUUUCGAGAAAUUCUCAAUUUGAAUCUGUCGUUUGCCGUUUGCCGUAUACGUGAAGCUUGAACUCUCUAACUUCACUUUGUUUCCCGAGAAUCUCAACGCCGAGGGAAACAUUCAGAUUCGAGGAAGCCAAAUGAACUGUUUCCCGAGGGACCAGUCUUUAAGUACAGAUUUGUUAUAUAGCAAAAAAAUUUUGAGGCUGAAAAAUGAUUAAACCUCGCCGUAACGGCGGUCGUCGAUCAACAUUCGCGUGUAACAGUGCGCUGUUACCCUGUGACGUCAUAGAUUUUGCAAUUUUGCCCGCUCAGAGAUCUUGGCGGGAAACAGUUUGAUUUUUAGAUGUUAGGGCGAGAGGAAUAAUUGUUUUUGUAAAAUGCAACUAGUUGGUCAAAAAUAUUGAGACAAAACAACUUAUGCUAGCAAGCUUAAGCUGUUUUGGUUUUCAAAGCCAGCGCUUUUCGCUACUAGUGGGCUAUAACAUAUAGCCUAGUCGCAGCUCAACCAAUCAGAACGUAGCAUUGAUGAUAUACCACUAGUUGGAUUUUACUAAAUAACAAUAGUAGAUGCUGAGAGUUCUUACAAACAUCCUUGAAGGGGUGUGGUUCAUCAUUGCGGGCCUUGCUAUUCUUACUCAGUGUGGCUGGGGAUGUUUCUUUUAUUUCAUUUACAGGCGUUGCAUGGGAUGGCAAGUGAGAAUGAUGGCCAUGUCAUAUGCCCGAAAACCAAAGAGUCCUUCCGAGUUGAUCAAGCUGAGAAAGUAUAUGUUAUGUAGGAAUAAAGAUCAGUAAGCUCUGUGAGUUGAGAAAUAUAAUGCUACUUGAAUGGCUAGCACUUGACCUUUGUUCACAUAGUAUAUAUGGUUUUUUGUAACGGAUAUUACAGCGUCGCUAUAAUAUAAGACGACCUGGACCCUUUCACUUGAGUACAGAAUUCACAGGUAGCCUGAAGUUUGGCAGUUUCGUUAACAACAAGCCCAGAAACAAAAUCGCAACAUUGAAUUUAGAAAAAAAAUUGAAUUUUUUACAUCUGGAGUCGCAGAGGGUUUUUUCAUUACUAAAUCAUGUAAAAAUGGAACGGCGAAGCCACAAGCCUCGUAAACCGUGAACUCGGUUUGUUAUUUGCAGCCUGGGAAAGUAAUUAUUGAAUUAAAAACAACAACAACAACAAUACCCCUUUUUACAAAGAAAUGUAUUGCGGCUGUUACAGCUUGCCGACCCAACGUUUCACUUUAUAAAACUGUAGAAUUUUUUCUAUUAAUUGUUAAGAGGCAGUCUCCCCAAAAGCGGUCCACUCGACUUCGCGACCAAAAAUAGUUUUCCUUUAUUUUUUGAUGGUGAAGAGGCUUUGGUAGGUAUAUACUAAAAUCGCUAUUUUUGUUUUCAAAUUCUUUUUCUUACCGCUGCUACGAGCCAAAAACAAAUUGAGUCCGUCUCGGCCUCUCAGAGGAUAAUCGAAAGACCAAAAUUGGUGCAUUUUGAGAGGCGCGCUGCAAACAAACGAAUGCCUUCACAAAAAAUCUGUUUCAUACAGUUUUAUUAGUUGACCUCAGAUAGUUCACAGGCUAAAUGUAAACAUCUUUGACAAAAUAAGUUACGCGGCACAGUAGUUCAAAGACUACCUAUUCUACUGGCUUAAUUCAAACCCUGAAAGUAAGGAAGGUUUGAGGGAAAAAAUCUCAAAAGUUGCGGCCUAAAUCAAGGAUAAAAAACACAUAAAAGUAAAGUUUUGAACCUAUUUUAUUGGUUUAUAGGCUCAGACUUGUGGGUAUCUUUUGGGAUUGCAGACGACAAGACAUUGUAAUCUGACAUGGUGCGUAUUUGCAUAAUUAACGGCGGUGUUGGAUGUCACGAUUGUAGAGGUUUAAAGUUCCACGAAAUUGCCGUUUUUGACACUUAAAUUCGUCUGCAGCAUCUAAAAGUCAGAUAAUGAACUUCUUUAAACACUUUUAAACCGAAAGAGAUUAUUAACAGGCAUCGUCAUGCUUAUCAAUAUAACGAUCACCACGAUCAACUGGCGGGCAUACAUACAUAUUGAACCAUAGUUGAUCCACUCUACUGUGUCUAAAUCAGAAGUUGAUUCAAGCUUUAUCGAUGAUGAGAAUAGGGAUGACAAACCGGGAAGACAAAUCUAUACAAGAAAAGCAAUGAAAUUUUUUUAGUUCUUUCCCCCAUUUCAGUAGUGUGAAACUCGCCGCGGUACAAACAACUGUAAAAAUCAGACUGCCAACUAUCAUUUGAAACAAAGCCGGUAUACACUGCUUCAUCUUUUUUCGGCAAAUAAGAAGCUUACCUUUACUUUAGGUUCUUAAUGAAAGAAAUUUAUUCAGCAAGCCAGCAGUUGAAUUGAAUUUACUGACGCCUAACCAGCAAGCCUUACGUUAUACGUUAUAUUAUCACAAUCAAAUCAUAGCGUGAUUGUCACGUAAUGUUAUGGUCACGUCGCUUCGUAACUUGUGGGGCGCGAUCCAUUGAACAAAAUUCCAAACGGUUCAACCGGGAAAAGUGGUCCACCUCAAAAGGUGGACCGGUUUUUUCGAAACUUUUCCGGUUGGACCGAACCGAUCCAUUGAGUUUUGGACCGAAAUUUCCGGAAAUUUUGGUUGAAUGUAUCGCGUCCGUGGUGUUACUGAAAACCCCCGUCGGGGGAUGGGUACUUCCUUAUAAGGCUAUUGGGGAUGUGUCGCUGGAUGGGGUCGCAUUUUCACGACUGGAUUGACUAUAAUGAUCGUCGCAUUUUCAAUGGAGUUACUAGAAUAGGGUUGCACAUUGUCGGAUUUUAUGGGGCAAGACGGUUCUUCAUAUUUAUGGAUAGCAAACGUUCCAGAACGAAAGACUAAAAACCCAUCAAACGAAAGACUAAAAACCCAUCAAACCUUUUACCCCACCCAGCCAGGUUACUAAUCAUAAUUGUUAAACAUGUGAAUUCAACUCUAGUCUAUAUAGACAACAAUCUUGAAAAAUAGAAUGAAAUGUCGCUCUAACAAUAAUGUUCUGUAUGGCUAACACUCAAAAUUGCAUUAGGCAAAUAUGUUCACUUUUGGUCAGGAAUGCAACUGCAACUUACAGUUUAAUUAAAUGCUACAAACACGGCACGACUAUUCUAGGGUAGCAUAAUAUUUUUUAGGACACAAUCGACCACAUUACAAAGACUUUCUACAAUUCCAGUGUUCAGUCAUGUCGCCGAUUUCCUACUUGUGGCAUUCACAUUCCUUGACAGCUUCCUUUAAUUUGUUAAUUAAAGUGGUCUUGACGUCCUUAGCCUUAAAAGGAAGGUCUAGGUUCACACAGAUGGCCUUAAGUUUAGGUACGGUUAAGUUAGAGAGUGAAUCCAAUUUUGCGAGCUCGCAGAUGUCAUAGCCAUCAUGUGUUAUAGGAUGAACAAGUCCAAUUUUGCUGACAACCUCCUCUACUUCCAUAUGUCUUUCCUUUUCGGCAAGGUAUGCCACUUCAUCUUCAUCAAAGCUGUCAUCAUGAUCGUCGUCACCCUCCAAUUCUUGUUUGUUCGUCCGCCUUUUGCUGGCUGCAAGCCGUGAAAAAAAACCCUUGUAUUUGGCUUUUCGACAACCAUUCACUCCUUUGAAACUUACGCUCACCAUCAGUGUUUCUUGCUACCCGCAUGUCCGCAGCCACCUGGGUAGGAUCGGCUUUUCUACCUGUGUCCUCACCAAAGUCAAAUUUUGCUGUGAGGUAGCUUUUUACAUUUUCAGAAAACCUAGCACCUCCUCCUCUUGGUUUUUGUAGCGCCCAACCCAAACCACAAGGUUCUUCCUGUAAUUGCUCGCAGCCUGUUUCUUCUUCAGCGGUGAGCGACAAUUUUGAUUCAAGUGUUACAGAUAGAAACUUUGCUGCCCAAUCGCGCUUAAGACGGUCGUACAUGCUCUCGGGGCUUACUUUCAUGUCGUGCUCACCAAAAUGAAUGUGGUCUUGAAGUUCCUCUGCUGUAGAGAACUCCCUGGAACAGCAGGACUCGGGACACAUGAAAAGAGAGUUAUCACGAGCGCCUUCAUCGUCGCUGGGAGUCGCCUUAAUAGCCCUAGAUGCCAAGGGGUAAAAUUCAUGAUUAUGAACUUCCUUUAUUGAUGUAGGACCUUGUGUGCGACGGAUAAGCUGUGACCAUGGAAUAAGUUUACCCACACCGACACCAUACGCCUUUACAAUGCGAAGCCCUUCUUCUUCAUAAAAAAAAUUGUGGAAGCUACUGAAAUUACUGAUGCGGUCGACUUUUAUCUCAUGGGUUGUUUGGGAGACUUGGCAAACAGCAGCAGUUGUUCCCUUUACUUACCUUGCCUUAAGCGCCUCGUGCAUGUCGGAUGCUGUCAGGAUAUCAUGUCCUUCGUUGCAGUAACGGCGAAUGGCCCCCUUUAUUGGGCUGAUGAUGCGAUCACAGACAUCUUUGCCAAAUUGAGGUUCCGAAAAGUCAUACCUAAAAUUAAAAAUAAAGCCGCAGCUACCUUGGCCGUACUUUUCUAAUAUAAUUGAACCUACAUUACAAGCGUUACAAGGCCCGAGUUCUAACUGUUUAAUCUUAAACUAUAUACGUAUAAUACGAAGGACCACCAGAAAUCUAGCUGCGUUCAGCUGGCAUUAGGGCUGUAAGUACUUUUUCGACAAAACUGAAAAAAUACUCAGGGAAAAGCGAGAUAUCAUAUAACUAGCAAUUUUUUAAAGAUCAGAAUUUUCAAGCGGUUUGCUGCAAUCAUCUAUCAAUUGUUUUCGCUAAAAAUGAUAAAUGAAUCUUUGGGUUGGCAGUCAGUAUUUCAUUAUAUCUUGUGUGCAGUUUGAGUAAUCGUUCAUUAAUUAUAACCUUGCCGCAAGUGCAACUUGUAGUCGAUUCGUUCUAAAUUGGUAAAGGAGAAGUUUGAAACAGGCUGCAUGCUUUGACUCAGUUUUAGAGUGAACUGUAAUUUAUUUUUAUAUUUUAUCAUAAGACAACCUCUUCGUUUACCUCAUAGCUUUUACUCCUACUCGAACACCAAGGUCGUGGACAGCAGCAAUUAGAUUGUUGUUGUGGUAGCAGCCCGCUCCGUCUGAGCGCAAGAAGGCUUGAUUGACUUCUGGCUUGUUUUCCUUGAUGAUUGCGAGAAGAUGCUCCAAAAUUGAGUAAACGGUGUACCAGUCCUGUGCACAGCUAUCGAAUAAAUGGACGUAUGACUGAACCUGGAGGCUGUCAUCUGCCGUAUUCCUCGAAAUAACGCAACUGACAUGCCAGUUGAUUCCUCUCUUACCAAACCACUCGGAUUGCUUUUCUCGAUAUUUUAUCUGUAAGAAUUUCAUGGCCCAAUCCAUUACGACCAUGACCGAGUUAUCCUGGAGAGAUUUUAGUACAUCUUGCUUUGCCCGCUCUUGGUUCUCUGCUCUUAAAAUGUGAGACUUCCAUUGAAAAAUCAUUUCUUGGGCUUGGGCAAGGUCAUGCUUGAAGUCCUCUUUCUGUUCACCGCUAUAAUAGUUAAUGGAAGGCGACUCAAUCUGAUCAGCGAUGGACUUUAAUGUUACUUUCAGUUUCUCACACUCGAUACAGCGCACUUGAUGUUGAUGCGGACAAUGUUCGCUGAGUUCUGGAUCUUGUAAGUCACUAAGAGCAAAGUAUCUGCAGUGAUCAGCACAUAAGCUUUCUUCUUCACGGCAAUGCACUCUAUAUUCUGUCUUGAGGUAGCGCUUUCCACUUUUAAGUUUAUUUUGCACUUCAUCGCACCAAGUUCCACUUGCGCCGCAGUUUUUCAAGCCAUCUACUAUCUUGCGCACACUUUCAAACGCUUCAGCGCCUCCUGCAGCUAUGUUAUCCAGUCCUUGAAGCGAUUUUCUUUGAGAAGCUUCUCUGACUUGUAAUAUUCUAAACAGCGUCGAUCUCGAAAGAGGCUCAAACUGAUCUUCGCUGCAAUGCUUUAAAUACUGCUCUAUCAUCGUUGACCUCGCAACAAUUCUGACAACAUUUGGCAUAAGUAACUCUUCUCCUGAAUCUAGCUUCAGCGUCCUGGUUCCAUAAGCCACGUCUUGGUAGAAGUACGGCUGGUUGACAAAAGACAGAAAGUGAUCCAACUUCACCAAAUCAAUUUUCACCCGGUGGCGCAGCGGUUUCUCAACGGACAGUCCAACUCCAACAAUUUUGGCGUGCGAUCUUGCUCUUUUUAUCUGUCGGUCGCUAAGCUUUUCAAAUGGUUCGUGUAUUUUCUUCAAGUAUUGGGCUGGGUAACGAGUAGCAUAGAUGCUGAGUAUCUGGAUUUUAAGGCUCCUUGAUGGUGCUUGCUGAUAUGUAGUUACUAGUGCUUUGAGGUCGCUAGGGAAACCUACUUCCCUUCUUGAUUCUUGAAAUGAUCGUAACAGCUUAUCACUGUCCUUUGGAGCAAUGACGUCACAAACAGCACGACAUGCUUCGUUCACCUGCUCUAUGCAAAGUUCUUUUUCUUUCUUAGUCGCCUCCUCCCACUCGGAGUUAAGUCGGAAAGUCAGGGGCUCCACAGUUUUUCCCGAAAGCGAGGCAAUGUUACUGAGUGCCUCAUUGUAUACUUGAAGAACAUCAGAUUCGUUUUCAGGGGACUCAUCAUCGAACGAACUGUCAGGAGUCAUUGCUUGCCAUCGUCCAAGAGACCAGGCAGGAUCAUUCUUAGUAUGACUUUCUGGUACUGGGGUGUAAAUGCAACUCUCGAUAGAAACAAGUGCUUCUUCUUUGGUUUUUCUAUAGAGGGAAGUCAACAGACAAAUAAGUCAAAAGAAAAUUGUAUUUUUUUUUUCUUACAGAGGAUGAAUGUACAGUAAGUAUCUAAACAAAAAUUAACUGAGCUUUGAGCAGCCAAUCUUUUAUAUUCAAGGACAUUUUUACUUUCUUAGAGUUUGUCAUACUUCCUCCUCGCGUUCUAAGAGUUGUUUUUAUUAAAGGAAGAGUACACAAGAAAUCGUUAGGAAUUAAUACCUUGAUAAGUUUGGUUCGGUUUCUUCCAUGGUAUCUGUGGUAUCUUCCGUUUCAGUACUUUUCGUUUCUCUCAGCCAAAGCCUUUCAGUCUUAAGUCUGCUAGCAUGAAGCUUUCUACAACUGUUACAGAUGGCUAAAAAAUGCAGAGAAAGAGUGACAAGGGUUGCCACAGACUCUCCCCUAACAGACAAUAUUGUGGUUGCUUGUUUUAUGCUAUUUAAUUUCUUUUGCUUACAUCAAACACACAAAGAUGUAUGCAACUAGGUCACUAGAAGUAGAGGUUUGUACUCUUAACCCUCUACAUUUUUUAAGUGGUGAAAGGCAGUUGCUGUUAAUAAAAACAAAACAAAACAACCUCAGGAAAGGACGAUUAGAGAAGAAGAAAGACCUGGGAACGAGGUUGCAAAACAACUCAAGAUUCCGUUACCUUGAAAUCCCCCAACCCCUCACCCCGGUUACCGGGAAAGAACCGUUACUUUGUACUCCAAAACAUAAAUCGCCUUAUCACAACAGCAAACAGAAGGAACAUAUCAAACUGAUAAUGUGACUACACGUUGUUUCAUCUUCAUAUUUAGUACCUUUUUCGUCUGCAUAAAAGUUAAUUAAAAGUUAUUCUAUAUCACAGAAAACUGCUUACGUGAUCCAAUUGGAAUGGUAACUCCGAAAACUUGAAAUAUAUCUCUUGCCAUCUGGAUGUUGAAAACUCGGUCUCCUUUUACCGCUUCUUGUUUUCCCUUGUGAUCAGGGUACUGGCAAGCAGUUGUUGGGCAUUUCCAGUAUGCUCCCAAUUUUCCUCGGUGCCGAGGACGCACGGACAUUUCUGCAAUGUUUCCUUCGCUUAGAUGAAAUUGGCCCGCUCGAAUCAAAAUUAGCUGGUACUCGGAAAUAUUUUCCCUUGAAAGAUGGCAGCGCCUUAGGUGGCAGGAAAUAUCAGAGGUACAUUCCAGCAGCGAUGUUAGUGAUUUCUGUCCUCUGAAUUCUCCACACCCAGAGCUGUCUUUGGUUUUCAUAAAGCAUGCAGCCAUCUUUCACAAACGUAACUUCUUCUUUGUUACGCGUUUGUUGUCAGUGUUUUCGAAUGUUUGUAAAGGAAAUGAUAGAACAGGGAAUUGAAAAUGGAUCCGGAACUGACUUCAUAAAAGGGCCUUUGCCUAUAAAAUUUAAUAGAGAGGCAAAAAGGGUCAAAGUCUCCUUGGGAAACUUUCGUUUUUGAAGGAGAAGUGAUUUCUGUCAAUGUAUAAUUUACAGAAAGUGAUUUUCGGCCAAGAAAAAUUGUUUCUUGCAGUAGCUCUUAUCUGAAGCCACAUCACGUUUUUUUCUCGUGUAACAUAUUUAAUCCAAACGUCCAGAUCCAGAUUCCAGAAAGUCAUUACAAUUACAGUUCAGCCCACGUACAUGUACUUGUUGCGAUAUGGAAUUUUAUUUAUUAUUUGGCCUUGACUGUACACAAUCUUUCAGAUAGUAAAUUAAGAAACUUGAAAAACAGACCUAUUCGUCUCAUAAGAAACAUCACUUGGCGUGCGUGCGACCUGCCCUGACUUAUUGACAUUUUGACGGCCUUAUUAAUUAAAAUACCGAAGUGCCAAGCUGCUUGUUGCUGAUCUACGUAUUAAAAAUACGUAAGUACCUCUCGUGAAUUUUUCCACAUAAAAACGAUAAAAGCUCCAAGUCUUCAUGAGAUUCGGUUUCAAAAAACGUAUAUUAUGUCCUUUCUUCGCGAAAUACAGUAAUGUUUCUUUGUUGCAGCUCAGUAGUAAUUUUUCAAUUGAGCGAUUAUCUCUGGUCAGUAAUUUGCUGCUUGCAAUAGUUUGACUUUCGCAAGUUCAAGAAAGGAAAAACGCUAUUUAAAGUUAUUUUUUACUUCUGUUUUUCCCUUUUAGAUUAGCCUGACAUUAUCUGAAAGAACGAAAUAUAAAGGACAACAAAACAGUAAUGAACUUCUCAUACACACAAGAAUGAGCAGCCGUUGUUUACUUUGUCCAUUUAUACCCGCUCAUGAAAUAAUUUAACAUGGUACAAUCUAAAAAUACGUUCUGGUUUUAGUUUUUAAAUACAGGUUUUCCAAUGCCUUUUUCGAUUCAUUGGUGUCAAUUCAGGCGAAAUAAUGCCCCAAAACAAACACUUUGUAAAUUUUAAAAGUCAUAUGAUCGCGACCUCUGACACGGCCGAUAACUAUGCAAACACGCAUUAUUUGCUGAUUUUCAUCUCUUAUCGCCUUGUGAUCUCAAGGGAUACCCACACGUUUUAACCCAUAAAACGGUAAAAUAGGCUUAAAACUUUACUUUAAUGUGUUUUUUAUGCUUGAUUUAGGCCGCAACUUUCGAGAUAUUCUCCCUCAAAGCUUGCUUACUUUCAACGUUUCGAUAAUGUGAGCAGAAUAGGUCGUAUUUGAACUGUUCUAGCUUGUUCAGUUUUUUAUCAAAGAUGUCUAUAUUUUAUCUGUGAGCUAUCCAAGGUUAACUUGAAAAAGUGGAUUGAACAGUUUUUUUGUGCAGGCAGUCGUUUGUUUGCAGCGCGCCUCUCAAAAUCCAUCAAUUUUAGUCUUUCAAACACUCGCUGAGAGGCCGAGACGGACUCAACUUGUUUUUGGCUUGUAGCUUUGAGGUUCCGAAAAGUCAUACCUAAAAUUAAAAAUAAAGCCGCAGCUACCUUGGCCGUACUUUUCUAAUAUAAUUGAACCUACAUUACAAGCGUUACAAGGCCCGAGUUCUAACUGUUUAAUCUUAAACUAUAUACGUAUAAUACGAAGGACCACCAGAAAUCUAGCUGCGUUCAGCUGGCAUUAGGGCUGUAAGUACUUUUUCGACAAAACUGAAAAAAUACUCAGGGAAAAGCGAGAUAUCAUAUAACUAGCAAUUUUUUAAAGAUCAGAAUUUUCAAGCGGUUUGCUGCAAUCAUCUAUCAAUUGUUUUCGCUAAAAAUGAUAAAUGAAUCUUUGGGUUGGCAGUCAGUAUUUCAUUAUAUCUUGUGUGCAGUUUGAGUAAUCGUUCAUUAAUUAUAACCUUGCCGCAAGUGCAACUUGUAGUCGAUUCGUUCUAAAUUGGUAAAGGAGAAGUUUGAAACAGGCUGCAUGCUUUGACUCAGUUUUAGAGUGAACUGUAAUUUAUUUUUAUAUUUUAUCAUAAGACAACCUCUUCGUUUACCUCAUAGCUUUUACUCCUACUCGAACACCAAGGUCGUGGACAGCAGCAAUUAGAUUGUUGUUGUGGUAGCAGCCCGCUCCGUCUGAGCGCAAGAAGGCUUGAUUGACUUCUGGCUUGUUUUCCUUGAUGAUUGCGAGAAGAUGCUCCAAAAUUGAGUAAACGGUGUACCAGUCCUGUGCACAGCUAUCGAAUAAAUGGACGUAUGACUGAACCUGGAGGCUGUCAUCUGCCGUAUUCCUCGAAAUAACGCAACUGACAUGCCAGUUGAUUCCUCUCUUACCAAACCACUCGGAUUGCUUUUCUCGAUAUUUUAUCUGUAAGAAUUUCAUGGCCCAAUCCAUUACGACCAUGACCGAGUUAUCCUGGAGAGAUUUUAGUACAUCUUGCUUUGCCCGCUCUUGGUUCUCUGCUCUUAAAAUGUGAGACUUCCAUUGAAAAAUCAUUUCUUGGGCUUGGGCAAGGUCAUGCUUGAAGUCCUCUUUCUGUUCACCGCUAUAAUAGUUAAUGGAAGGCGACUCAAUCUGAUCAGCGAUGGACUUUAAUGUUACUUUCAGUUUCUCACACUCGAUACAGCGCACUUGAUGUUGAUGCGGACAAUGUUCGCUGAGUUCUGGAUCUUGUAAGUCACUAAGAGCAAAGUAUCUGCAGUGAUCAGCACAUAAGCUUUCUUCUUCACGGCAAUGCACUCUAUAUUCUGUCUUGAGGUAGCGCUUUCCACUUUUAAGUUUAUUUUGCACUUCAUCGCACCAAGUUCCACUUGCGCCGCAGUUUUUCAAGCCAUCUACUAUCUUGCGCACACUUUCAAACGCUUCAGCGCCUCCUGCAGCUAUGUUAUCCAGUCCUUGAAGCGAUUUUCUUUGAGAAGCUUCUCUGACUUGUAAUAUUCUAAACAGCGUCGAUCUCGAAAGAGGCUCAAACUGAUCUUCGCUGCAAUGCUUUAAAUACUGCUCUAUCAUCGUUGACCUCGCAACAAUUCUGACAACAUUUGGCAUAAGUAACUCUUCUCCUGAAUCUAGCUUCAGCGUCCUGGUUCCAUAAGCCACGUCUUGGUAGAAGUACGGCUGGUUGACAAAAGACAGAAAGUGAUCCAACUUCACCAAAUCAAUUUUCACCCGGUGGCGCAGCGGUUUCUCAACGGACAGUCCAACUCCAACAAUUUUGGCGUGCGAUCUUGCUCUUUUUAUCUGUCGGUCGCUAAGCUUUUCAAAUGGUUCGUGUAUUUUCUUCAAGUAUUGGGCUGGGUAACGAGUAGCAUAGAUGCUGAGUAUCUGGAUUUUAAGGCUCCUUGAUGGUGCUUGCUGAUAUGUAGUUACUAGUGCUUUGAGGUCGCUAGGGAAACCUACUUCCCUUCUUGAUUCUUGAAAUGAUCGUAACAGCUUAUCACUGUCCUUUGGAGCAAUGACGUCACAAACAGCACGACAUGCUUCGUUCACCUGCUCUAUGCAAAGUUCUUUUUCUUUCUUAGUCGCCUCCUCCCACUCGGAGUUAAGUCGGAAAGUCAGGGGCUCCACAGUUUUUCCCGAAAGCGAGGCAAUGUUACUGAGUGCCUCAUUGUAUACUUGAAGAACAUCAGAUUCGUUUUCAGGGGACUCAUCAUCGAACGAACUGUCAGGAGUCAUUGCUUGCCAUCGUCCAAGAGACCAGGCAGGAUCAUUCUUAGUAUGACUUUCUGGUACUGGGGUGUAAAUGCAACUCUCGAUAGAAACAAGUGCUUCUUCUUUGGUUUUUCUAUAGAGGGAAGUCAACAGACAAAUAAGUCAAAAGAAAAUUGUAUUUUUUUUUUCUUACAGAGGAUGAAUGUACAGUAAGUAUCUAAACAAAAAUUAACUGAGCUUUGAGCAGCCAAUCUUUUAUAUUCAAGGACAUUUUUACUUUCUUAGAGUUUGUCAUACUUCCUCCUCGCGUUCUAAGAGUUGUUUUUAUUAAAGGAAGAGUACACAAGAAAUCGUUAGGAAUUAAUACCUUGAUAAGUUUGGUUCGGUUUCUUCCAUGGUAUCUGUGGUAUCUUCCGUUUCAGUACUUUUCGUUUCUCUCAGCCAAAGCCUUUCAGUCUUAAGUCUGCUAGCAUGAAGCUUUCUACAACUGUUACAGAUGGCUAAAAAAUGCAGAGAAAGAGUGACAAGGGUUGCCACAGACUCUCCCCUAACAGACAAUAUUGUGGUUGCUUGUUUUAUGCUAUUUAAUUUCUUUUGCUUACAUCAAACACACAAAGAUGUAUGCAACUAGGUCACUAGAAGUAGAGGUUUGUACUCUUAACCCUCUACAUUUUUUAAGUGGUGAAAGGCAGUUGCUGUUAAUAAAAACAAAACAAAACAACCUCAGGAAAGGACGAUUAGAGAAGAAGAAAGACCUGGGAACGAGGUUGCAAAACAACUCAAGAUUCCGUUACCUUGAAAUCCCCCAACCCCUCACCCCGGUUACCGGGAAAGAACCGUUACUUUGUACUCCAAAACAUAAAUCGCCUUAUCACAACAGCAAACAGAAGGAACAUAUCAAACUGAUAAUGUGACUACACGUUGUUUCAUCUUCAUAUUUAGUACCUUUUUCGUCUGCAUAAAAGUUAAUUAAAAGUUAUUCUAUAUCACAGAAAACUGCUUACGUGAUCCAAUUGGAAUGGUAACUCCGAAAACUUGAAAUAUAUCUCUUGCCAUCUGGAUGUUGAAAACUCGGUCUCCUUUUACCGCUUCUUGUUUUCCCUUGUGAUCAGGGUACUGGCAAGCAGUUGUUGGGCAUUUCCAGUAUGCUCCCAAUUUUCCUCGGUGCCGAGGACGCACGGACAUUUCUGCAAUGUUUCCUUCGCUUAGAUGAAAUUGGCCCGCUCGAAUCAAAAUUAGCUGGUACUCGGAAAUAUUUUCCCUUGAAAGAUGGCAGCGCCUUAGGUGGCAGGAAAUAUCAGAGGUACAUUCCAGCAGCGAUGUUAGUGAUUUCUGUCCUCUGAAUUCUCCACACCCAGAGCUGUCUUUGGUUUUCAUAAAGCAUGCAGCCAUCUUUCACAAACGUAACUUCUUCUUUGUUACGCGUUUGUUGUCAGUGUUUUCGAAUGUUUGUAAAGGAAAUGAUAGAACAGGGAAUUGAAAAUGGAUCCGGAACUGACUUCAUAAAAGGGCCUUUGCCUAUAAAAUUUAAUAGAGAGGCAAAAAGGGUCAAAGUCUCCUUGGGAAACUUUCGUUUUUGAAGGAGAAGUGAUUUCUGUCAAUGUAUAAUUUACAGAAAGUGAUUUUCGGCCAAGAAAAAUUGUUUCUUGCAGUAGCUCUUAUCUGAAGCCACAUCACGUUUUUUUCUCGUGUAACAUAUUUAAUCCAAACGUCCAGAUCCAGAUUCCAGAAAGUCAUUACAAUUACAGUUCAGCCCACGUACAUGUACUUGUUGCGAUAUGGAAUUUUAUUUAUUAUUUGGCCUUGACUGUACACAAUCUUUCAGAUAGUAAAUUAAGAAACUUGAAAAACAGACCUAUUCGUCUCAUAAGAAACAUCACUUGGCGUGCGUGCGACCUGCCCUGACUUAUUGACAUUUUGACGGCCUUAUUAAUUAAAAUACCGAAGUGCCAAGCUGCUUGUUGCUGAUCUACGUAUUAAAAAUACGUAAGUACCUCUCGUGAAUUUUUCCACAUAAAAACGAUAAAAGCUCCAAGUCUUCAUGAGAUUCGGUUUCAAAAAACGUAUAUUAUGUCCUUUCUUCGCGAAAUACAGUAAUGUUUCUUUGUUGCAGCUCAGUAGUAAUUUUUCAAUUGAGCGAUUAUCUCUGGUCAGUAAUUUGCUGCUUGCGAUAGUUUGACUUUCGCAAGUUCAAGAAAGGAAAAACGCUAUUUAAAGUUAUUUUUUACUUCUGUUUUUCCCUUUUAGAUUAGCCUGACAUUAUCUGAAAGAACGAAAUAUAAAGGACAACAAAACAGUAAUGAACUUCUCAUACACACAAGAAUGAGCAGCCGUUGUUUACUUUGUCCAUUUAUACCCGCUCAUGAAAUAAUUUAACAUGGUACAAUCUAAAAAUACGUUCUGGUUUUAGUUUUUAAAUACAGGUUUUCCAAUGCCUUUUUCGAUUCAUUGGUGUCAAUUCAGGCGAAAUAAUGCCCCAAAACAAACACUUUGUAAAUUUUAAAAGUCAUAUGAUCGCGACCUCUGACACGGCCGAUAACUAUGCAAACACGCAUUAUUUGCUGAUUUUCAUCUCUUAUCGCCUUGUGAUCUCAAGGGAUACCCACACGUUUUAACCCAUAAAACGGUAAAAUAGGCUUAAAACUUUACUUUAAUGUGUUUUUUAUGCUUGAUUUAGGCCGCAACUUUCGAGAUAUUCUCCCUCAAAGCUUGCUUACUUUCAACGUUUCGAUAAUGUGAGCAGAAUAGGUCGUAUUUGAACUGUUCUAGCUUGUUCAGUUUUUUAUCAAAGAUGUCUAUAUUUUAUCUGUGAGCUAUCCAAGGUUAACUUGAAAAAGUGGAUUGAACAGUUUUUUUGUGCAGGCAGUCGUUUGUUUGCAGCGCGCCUCUCAAAAUCCAUCAAUUUUAGUCUUUCAAACACUCGCUGAGAGGCCGAGACGGACUCAACUUGUUUUUGGCUUGUAGCCGCGGUAAGGAAAAGAAUUUGAAAACAAAAAUAGCGAUUUUAGUAUAUACCUAUCAAAGCCUCUUCACCAACAAAAAAUAAAGGAAAACUAUUUUUGGUCGCGAAAUCGAGUGGACCACUUUUAGGGAGACUGCCUCUUAAUAUUCAUAAUGUCGAAUUUUUAUGUGCACUAUUUGUUUCAUUUUACUCGGUGUUUGAAAAUGUAGCUUGCAUGGUAAGCGCUCGAAAGGCGAGGGAGGCGGAGAGAGGAAUUUGGGCACGCGAGAACGCGAAUGCCCUCACGAGCCUGAUUUUCUUCCAUUCUCUCUCCAGUCACGUUCGAACGCUUGUUGUGCAGGCUAUAAAUACUAGUGCUUCUUGUGUUGUUCUUUUACCACAGGUGGCCCAGACUCUGUGGUAGUUGGUUAGACUUUGAAUUUAUAAGAGAAUGUAUGAAAUAAACUAAAUAGGCCCUA